CAAUUACUAUUUUAUUCAAUGUCUUUAUAUAAGAUAAACAUAACCACUGUUAAACAUAUGACGUUUCUGUUUAUAAAACAUGCAUUACAUAUAUUAAUAAUUUUAAGUAACAUAUAAAUAAUCAACGGUUUUAUUAAAAUGCAUUGUUAUAAUAUAAAAGUAUUAAAAUAUUAAAAAUUAUAAAGAAAAGAUGAAUAUUUAUUCAGGCCAUUAUUAUGAUUAUAAAACAAAUUUGAGUACUACGCUAUAGAAGUGGAAUUAAAAGUUAGCCCAAAAGAAACAGUGAUGAUCAAGUAUGACAGGUUCUUCGAGGAUGGAUACAAACAAAGAAAUGGAAGAAUCUAGUAAUGUUCCAAAUAAUGUUGGAAAUUCUGAAAGUCCAGAUUCAAUAGAGGUGGAUAAUUCGCGUACAGUUCUUUUAAAAAUAGCAACAUUAUAUGCAGAACGUCUAAUGAAUGAUAUUUGUCUUGUUGUUAAUGGUAUAGAAUAUCCAGCACAUCGCCUUAUACUUUGUGCUUCAAGUGAUGUUUUCCAAGUAAUGUUAAUGAGUCCUCAGUGGAGUGAGUCACAGGAAAGUAGAGUAACCCUCCAAGAAACACCACAAUGUGUACCUAUAUUUAGUGAGUUUUUGCGGUACUUUUAUACUGGUCAAAUAAGAAUUAAUUAUGGAGUUGUUCUACCAAUAUUAUCUUUAGCUGAUAAGUAUAAUGUUAAGGAUUUAAUAUCAUUGUGCCUUGAUUAUAUGCAAAAUCAUAUUGCAUUAGCUGCCAUACACGGCACUCUAGUAUCAUGGUUACAGUAUACGUCAAACUGUGGUCAUCACAAUAUUACUCAAGCAUGUCAAAAUUUUAUUAAGUGGAAUUUGGAAUUGGUGGCCAGGACUGCAGACUUUGGAAAUUUUGAUUUAGAUAUUUUAGUAUCAUUGCUACAUCAAAGUAGUUUAGUGGUAAAGGAUGAAAUGACAUUAUACAAAUGUUUGGAAUCUUGGUUGGAUCAUCAGACAAAUCGGUUGAAAACUCAAUUGUCGCACGACGAAUUAGAAGCUACGUUAGAACAAUUGGUAGUAGCUGUGAUGUCUCCUGUUAGAUUUCCAAUGAUGUCUCCUCGACAAUUAGCAGAAUUACUUUUAUUUCCUUUGACGAAAAAAUACAAAGAAUUCUUUGUAGAACGAAUGUCUAUAGGAAUGUCAUUUCAUUCUGGUCAGCUAGAUAAAGUUAAAGAAGUAAGUUUAAACGAAGAAGAUGGUGCAUUACUUUUUGAACCAAGAUUAUACACUAUAGACACCUGUAGUUCAUUACUUACGAUAGAAAAUUUUCAUGGUUUACCCUCGUACCACACCAGAACGCUCGUGUUUUCAAGUCAUUCGUGUUUAGCAGAGUAUGCUGGUGACCGCGCGUGUGAAUGGGUUGUAGAUAUAUAUCCAAAGGGUGUUUGGUUUAAAAAGUUUUUCUUAAUAGUGUGGCAGGGAACCGUAGAAAUGCCCGAACAUGUGAAACGUUCGGUUAGAUUAUCACUCACCUGUAAGGAUCCAUCUGUAAAUAGUAAUGCUGAUAUGCGUGUAAAAAUAGGUGUUUUAAUAUAUGGUUUACAGGAUGGUGUUGAACAUAUUGCGAGAGUAACAGAAAUUAUUCACAGAUUUAGUAAAAAAGAACGUGUUCUUAAUUUGGACGAUCUUUUACCGUUUGAGGAACUUAACCCGCAGCAGGGUUCCGUGUCGGAAAAUACAUCUCCUUUUCUAGUAGGUCCAAAUAAAGAUAUGCUCAAAUUACAUAUUGUUAUAUCACCAGCUAAUUAAGACAAAUAGAUUUCUUAGGUUAUAUAAAAUGAAAUCUUACUACAGACUUUAAAUAUUUUGGACUCAUACGAAGAGUCAUCUUUUUUAAGUUUGUCUUCAACGUAUGUCCUAGAAUUUUUUUCUUUUGAUAAAUCGACAUUUUAAUAUUAGACUAAGAUAAAGUUUUGUAUUUAAAUCGUAAUAUGUAAUAAAAUAUUAAAAGAUUUCAAUAUUCCAUGACAUUAAUUUCCAUCAUAUUAAUUUUUUCUGGGGAAAUUAUUAAUUAGUGUUAAUUAUUCAUUUAGAAUGACUUAAUUUUUAAAGGGGACGUCUGUGUAUGAUGGAAUAUUGUUAAUUUACACUCUGUAUAACAAAAACUUAGCGAGUUUAUGUUCAUUUUAUUGCAAGAACGAAUGAAAUUGAUAAUCAUCGAUAUUUAAUCCACCUAUCCGAUUUCGAUGAUUUUUUAAUAUAUUAUUAUUAUUUAUAUAGGAAUUAAAAUUUUUGACAACUUUUUCCUGUACGUGAAACCUGCGCUCGGUCUUAAUUUCCGAGAUAUUCGCAAAGAACUGUCGAUCCAUUAGAGUGAAUUAUUGUGUCUAUAAUUGUGCAUUCGUUGCAAAGUAUGCGUCAAUAUUUGUUGCCGGAUAGAAUAUCCGAUUCAAUAUAACAUCCAACUCUAACAAUAAGAUAUGCCAAUAAACUAUAAAAGAAGAUAAGAAUUAGGUUUGGUUUAAGCAGUAACCGAGCGGCGGUUUUAUGUAUAGGAAAAAGUUGUUAAAAAUUUUAAUUUCUACAGUAUACUCAAAAAUCAUCCAAAAUAUCAAAUUUUUUUUUGUAUCUUUUAUAUAAAUGUAUUACUUUAUUACGAAAGCAAUCUUAAGAAGGCCAUAGAAAAUAUUUUAAAAUUUUGUGCGUAUUCGAUUUUUGUAUAUAAAAUCACGUCGAUAUCGUCGAUAUAGUAAAUAUUUGGAGGAUUUUAAUAGUUAGUAACUGAAUACAUAACUGAAGGGCAGCGUAGGUUAUGAAUUUCAAAAUCAAUAUAAAUUAUGCGCGACAGUUCUGUUUUACAAAUCUUCAUCGGUCCAAAUGGAUUAACAUUUAUGACAACGAUAAGAAAUAUUUUGUAAUAUUCCACACAUCGUAAGAGAGAUAAAUUUGUAAUUAUUCAAAAUUAAAGUUGUAUAUUUGCAGUACAUUUUCAUAUCACUAUGAUAUAGUGAUCACUAUAAUACACUAAACCAUAUGUAAAAUGUUUGAUUCAGUUGAAUAUAUAUUGUAUGUUUCUUUAAUUUAUGAGAAUUAAUUAACCUCAAUGUUUUUAAAAUGCAUUAGGCAGAUUUUUUUCUUUGAUAUUUUUUACUAAUUUCAUUUUUCAGAAGGAAGAAAUCUUUAGAUUUUACUAAACACUAUUUCUUAUUUAAACAAAAGUUAACUUUUUCUCGCUGAUAUUUUUCGUAAAAAUUUGAAAAAUAAUUGUUAUUUUUUAUUUCUGUUCAUAACAUUUAUUGGCAAUAUAUAAAGAAAUUUUAUCCGCUUUUUUUUCUUUUGGAAACAGGUAUAAUAUAAUGAUAGAAUAUUCUCAAAAGGUAAAGGUUUAAUUUGACAAGAUUUAUUUUAAUUUUCUAAAUGUUUGUUCUUUCUCUUUUAUUAUGAUUUGCAAAUUCUUUUGGAUAGUGAUUUCUACAAAUAUUUAAAAAAAUUUUUUUGAGAUAGUUUCCACCUCUAUAAACAUUACAUGGUAACGUAUACAAAUUACCUUUUUAUUUUAUGUUUGUAAUAUAUUGUACGUUUUACAAUAAUUUAUAUUUCCCAAUGAAACGAUUGAACUUUGUUUCGCUGUUGUUAUUUCUAUAUGCUCAGCUGAUCUCCGUUCGAUUCGAUACUAUCCAUUUGCAAUCAUGAAAAGGAAUGAUCCUCUUACAAAAGUAACACUCCAUCGUCCCUUGUCCAUUAUCAUAUGCCUUUGUAUUCCACGUGGUGUAUCGUAUAUCCUUACCAAGUGCGUUGAUAAAGCAUAAACAUAUGAGCAGAUAGAGACAGAGUCAUUCGUUGACUCUCGAAAAUAUCUCAUCGUACACGUUACUUAUCGAAAACCUGCACUCUCACGGUUUUAAAGGGAUUUACUUUUCACCACUCUGUUAUGACAUACGAAUAAGAGAAAGAAUAAUCCGAAUAAGUUGUUAGCAUACUUAUGAGUUAUACUAUUACACAAAUGUAUUCGCCAAAAAUUGUACUAACGUAAACUAAUCGAAUCCUAAUCUAAUAUUCGUGAGUCAAAUUGCACAUAUAUAUAUAUACACACACAACAAACAAACAAACACACACACACACACAUGCAGCACGUAUACGUGUUGUGCAUAACCCGCCUGACGUCCUACUAAUGUCUAUAGUAUUCUAUUUUCUUCAAGAUCACUGAUAUCCGCUAAUCCUUUUCUAUUAUUUUUUUUCUUUUUGCCACCUGGAUGCCAUAAGAAAAUGAUUUAAGAAAAAUGCCGUUCAAAUCCACGAGAAGAUAGUCUUUCGACAAAUACACCAGCUCUGUUUCGUUUUCUUUGUUCUCGUUUUAUUUUAUUUUGUACUCUGUUUUAUAUUGGCUUGCGUGUGUAAGAAAACGCGUAGCUCGAAAGUCUGAAAUGGUCGGCUGGCCUUCGUCACUCUGUGCUUUUUAAGAAGAGAACGCGAAAACACUCGAAGGUGCCAUAAGCUAGGCCCUCUUCUUUACUGCGUCACAAGUUGGCGGGCCCCAACGGUUUUACGAUUGUAACGUCUAAGAUACUCGUCCAUUCUUUGUACAAUCAUUAACGCAGACGAACGUUAAGUAUCUAACGAACGAAGAACUAUCCUACGCGAUUUCAGUUAUCUCGAAUCAGCGUCGUCUUUCACGUGUUUACAGUUCGGUCACCGAUCAUGGAAUGAUUUGUCGCAGCGCGACUAGCACGGUGUAUUCCAACCUUUGCGCUUUCUCAUACUCUUUGCUUAUCCUGCGAUGCCGUAUUUCUUUUAUCUUGACAACACGUGGAAGAAACCGACACGUGGCAGGGAGCGCUUGCAUGUAUAAAAGAUACUCUUCGCUUUUAUUCCCCUCCCUUUCUCUUUCUAAUUUUAGGUAUCUUUAUCUUAUGGUAUCUUUAAAAUGAAAUCUAUCCAAUUUACCCAAUUUAAAGUGGCUAUUACUUGGGUUCGGGAACAUGAACUUUUACAAAUAAAUAAAAAUUUCCUUAUUCAUCAAACACUGAUUAAAUUAUGUGAAACGUAAUAAGUUUAUAUACUGUAUUUAUGUGUUACGCCGGCAACGAGAUUCAUAGCGAUUACUUUUAAGAUUCAUCGAACUAUCGAAAACCACGAAUUUUGGUUUAGCGACGAAUUCUAAGCGUCGCGAAUGUAUAAUUUUUGGCCGACAAAUUGUAAGAGGCGCUAACGUUACAGACGCCAUGAUGCCCUACGGCGAACGUAAGGUGAUAAGAAUGUCCUGAAAGGAUCUGUCCAUGGAGUGGAUUAGGCGAUGAACCUUCUGGCAGAAGGACUGAAUUGAGCAAUUCAACGCUUAGCCCAGAACCUUAACCGUUUUAGUGUCAGGGGUUUAUUCGUGUCGGAUUGUGCCACGCAGCGCGAUAGCGUUUCGAAUUGACGAUCGUGACUAAACAUCGCGACAUAGUUCACCACUGUAACGCGAUCGCGCUGCUUGGCGUUAAAACGGUUAAAGGUACGAUAUCAUUUAGAGAAAUAAGUCUAUGUAUAGAUAAGUGAGUUCGAGUUUGGCUUGGGUUAGGUUUCCAUUGCAUUCGAAUUUGAAUUAAAUUCGGAUUAAAUUUCGAUUAUGUUAGACUUUGAUAAUUUAACUGCAAACAGUGAUGGUAGUAGUACUCAAAAAGUAAUCGAAUUAGCGGUCGGCGAAGGAAUAGAUGAGAGAGGGAGUACGCUUCCAUAAAAUGGAAUGACGAGUUUGUUGAUUGUCUUCAUUUGCCGAUUAUAGCUUCAUUUUUGCCGUCAUAGUAAAAUUGACUCGAUGGAAUUGUUGAGGAAAACAACCCGAGAACAGUAUUUUUAUUUUAAUAUUCUUUUUUUAAUAAGAAAUUUUUAAAUACGGCAGGUGAUGUUAAAAUUCAACUUUGGGUUCAACGUAGGAAGAAUAAGAUUCGUUUGUAAGAAUUUAUGUUCAAGACAUGUCGAGCGGUCGUUAUUUAUCUGCUGAGAGCACAGCACGGAGGUGGAUCUCAAUGUAUAAUUUAAGAAAGGCAUUUCAAUUCGUUAACAUCAUUACGCUUCAAUCCCAAAUUUAUAGCGAAUGCUGGAAGAACUUUUGGAGAUGUGUAUAAUUAAUGUGAAUUUAAUUAUUUACGCUACAAUAUCAGAUAGAGUUAUUAAAAUAUAAAUUGCAAGCAAAUUGUAAAUCUUGUAAAAGAAGGUUCGAAAAUAUAUAUACUUGACUCUUAUA